GUUUAAACUUACACGGAUCGCCCUCCUGAGGAGGAGGGGACCCCGCCGCGCGAUUGACACGCAUAUUCCUAUAGGCAUCCUUCCUCAGCCGCCACCCCCACGGCCGGAUUCGGCGGCUCCUCUCCGAGCUGAAAUCUGAGAAGAAAUCCUUGGAUCUCGCUCGCUCUCUCUUUUUUUUUUAAAAAAACAAAAAACUAGAAACCUUCGGCAUUUUGCUCUGCUGCUUCCGUUUUGCAAGAUGAAGAAGUUUUUCGACUCCCGGCGUGAGCAGGGCAGCUCGAGCCUGGGCUCGGGCUCCAGCGGAGGAGGGGGCAGCACUUCGGGCCUGGGCAGUGGCUACAUCGGAAGGGUCUUUGGCAUCGGGCGACAGCAGGUCACCGUGGACGAGGUGCUGGCCGAAGGUGGAUUUGCAAUUGUGUUUCUGGUGAGGACAAGCAAUGGAGUGAAGUGUGCCUUGAAACGCAUGUUUGUCAACAAUGAGCAUGACCUCCAGGUGUGCAAGAGAGAAAUCCAGAUCAUGAGGGACCUGUCGGGGCACAAGAACAUUGUCGGUUACAUUGACUCUAGUAUCAACAAUGUGAGUAGUGGUGAUGUAUGGGAAGUUCUCAUUCUGAUGGACUUCUGCAGAGGAGGCCAAGUGGUAAACCUGAUGAAUCAGCGCCUGCAGACAGGCUUUACGGAGAACGAAGUGCUGCAGGUAUUCUGUGACACCUGCGAAGCUGUGGCCAGGCUGCAUCAGUGCAAAACCCCUAUUAUCCACCGAGACCUGAAGGUUGAAAAUAUCCUCUUGCAUGACCGAGGCCACUACGUCCUGUGUGACUUUGGAAGUGCCACCAACAAAUUCCAAAAUCCACAAUCCGAGGGUGUCAAUGCAGUAGAAGAUGAGAUUAAGAAAUACACCACACUGUCCUACCGAGCACCAGAAAUGGUUAAUCUGUACAGUGGCAAAAUCAUCACUACAAAGGCAGACAUUUGGGCUCUGGGAUGUUUGUUGUAUAAAUUAUGCUACUUCACUUUGCCAUUUGGGGAGAGUCAAGUGGCAAUUUGUGAUGGAAACUUCACAAUUCCUGAUAACUCUCGAUAUUCCCAAGACAUGCACUGCCUGAUCAGAUAUAUGUUGGAACCAGAUCCUGACAAAAGGCCAGAUAUUUACCAGGUCUCCUACUUCGCAUUUAAACUCCUCAAGAAAGAAUGCCCAGUUCAAAAUGUACAGAAUGCUCCCAUUCCUGCAAAGCUUCCUGAACCAGUGAAAGCCAGUGAGGCAGCUGCAAAAAAGACCCAGCCAAAGGCCAGAUUGACAGAUCCCAUUCCUACCACGGAAACUUCAAUUGCACCCCGCCAGAGGCCGAAAGCUGGGCAGACUCAGCCAAAUCCAGGAAUCCUUCCCAUCCAACCAGCCCUGACACCCCGAAAGAGGGCCACGGUGCAGCCCCCACCCCAGGCUGCAGGACCCAGCAACCAGCCUGGUCUUUUAGCCAGUGUUCCUCCACCCAAAGCCCAGCCCAGCCAACCUGGACCACAGUCUCUGCCCAAGCAGCCACAGGCCCCGCCCACCCCUCAGCAGACUCCUUCCUCUCAGGCUCAGGGUCUGCCUGCUCAGGCCCAGGCCACCCCCCAGCACCAGCAGCAGCUCUUCCUCAAGCAGCAACAGCAGCAGCAACAGCAGCAGCCCCCGUCGCAGCAGCAGCAGCAGCAGCAGCCACAACAGCAGGCACCUGCAUUUUACCAACAGCAGCCACAGCCACAACCGCAGCCGCAGCCUCAGCAGGCCCAGACUCAGCAGUUCUGGCCACUCUCUUCUGCUCAGUUCCAGGGAGUCCAUCCAGCAGCCCAGCAACCAGCGAUUGCUCAGUUCCCUGUGGUUUUGCAAGGAGGCUCGCAGCAGCAACUGAUACAGAAUUUCUACCAACAGCAGCAGCAGCUGGCCACAAACCUGCAUCCACAGCAGCUGAUGAGUCAGCAAGCUACUCUGCAGCAAAAGACCACUGCGCCAGCAGGACAGCAGCCCCAGGCACAGCCGGCCACCCCACAGCCAGCCCCUGCCCAGGAGACAACGCAGAUUCAAGCCCCCAUAAGACAACAGCCAAAGGUUCAGACAACACCCCCUCCUGCUGUCCAGGGGCAGAAACUUGGAUCUCUCACUCCUCCAUCAUCCCCCAAGACCCAACGUGCUGGGCACCGGCGGAUUCUCAGUGACGUAACCCACAGUGCGGUCUUUGGGGUCCCCGCCAGCAAAUCAACUCAGCUGCUCCAAGCAGCUGCGGCAGAGGCCAGUCUCAAUAAGUCCAAGUCUGCAACUACCACGCCUUCCGGCUCCCCUCGGACCUCCCAGCAGAACGUUUCUAAGCCCUCGGAGGGCUCCACGUGGAAUCCCUUCGAUGAUGACAACUUCUCCAAGCUCACGGCUGAAGAGCUGCUCAACAAGGACUUUGCCAAGCUGGGGGAAGGCAAACAUCCUGAGAAGCUCGGAGGCUCAGCUGAGAGUUUGAUCCCUGGUUUUCAGCCUGCACAAGGCGAUGCUUUCGCAGCGUCCUCGUUUUCUGCUGGAGCUGCUGAAAAGAGGAAGGGCGGGCAGACUGGGGACUCUAGCCUGCCACUUCUCAGCGUGCCCGACCCUUUCGUUCCUCUCCCAGUACCUGACGCUCCAGAAAAGCUCAUUGAGGGACUCAAGUCUCCUGACACUUCCCUUCUGCUCCCUGACCUUUUGCCUAUGACCGAUCCUUUUGGUAGCACCUCUGAUGCCGUCAAUGAGAAAGCAGAGGCUGCUGUUGAGAGUCUCAUACCAGGACUGGAGCCCCCGGCGCCCCAGCGCCUCCCAUCUCAGACGGAAUCCGUUACCUCGAACCGCGCAGAUUCUCUCCCUGGGGAAGACUCCCUGCUUGACUCCUCUCUGCUUUCUAACUCUACCACCGAUCUUCUGCAAGAGUUUGCCCCGCUAGCGAUCUCUGCGCCAGCCCAGAAAGUUGCAGAGGAUAGUAAUCUCAUCUCAGGUUUUGAUGUCCCAGAGAGCUCGGACAAGGUGGCAGAAGAUGAGUUUGACCCCAUUCCUGUACUGAUAACCAAAAAUCCACAAGGUGGGCACUCUAGAAACAGCAGUGGGAGCUCUGAGUCCAGUCUUCCCAACCUAGCCAGGUCCUUACUGCUGGUGGAUCAGCUCAUAGACCUGUAGCCGUGGCCCAGUAGCAGAUGCAGUCGUGUAACCUUCAUCCCGUAAUACACAUUUUCAUUACGGAGUUCAAAAGAAAAACUUGAUUUUUUCCCCCUAUUUUUUUUUUUUUAAUCUGCAAAUAAGGGACCUCUAGCCCUUAUCUCCUACCCCUUGCCUUCUCUUGUAGAAAUGAUAAGGAAAGAACAAUCACUUUGGCCCUCCAGAUAUUCCUUGGCCAGUUUUUCUCCCUGUUAGUUUUGCUGUGUUUCCUCAUUGCCCUUCUCCAAUAGCAUUAUCUUAAAUCAAGUGCUAGAUGCCAUGGCGUCACCGCUGCUGGAAUCGACUCCACCCGAAGCUUACCUGUAACUGAGACGAGUGAAUUGAUACCUUUGUCUCAUUCUUGCUAGGAAUGGCCUCCCAACCCCUGGCACCUUUGGCCAGAUGCUGACCACUGUGUUUACCUAUUUUCUGCUGUAUCUCCUGAUGCAUUAUCAUGAGGACAUGGCUUCUGCAGUCGGUCUUGACUUAGGCAGUGGCCUAGAGAUGGGUCUGUGGUUUAAGAGAGGGGGAUUGGAUUGACUGAGAACAGUCUAUGCUUGGGAAGAGAAACCAAGCCCAGCUCUAGCCAACCAACGUUGACCUCUGUUCGUAGAAUUAGCCAAGGAAUUGUACGCCCCACGCAACCUACCGAGCAUUCGUCCAGCUUUCUGGCUUCUACUGAACCGUGAUUUCUCAGAUCUGGAGAUGUGACCGCAAGGACUGGAGAUCCUUGGAUAAAAAGUGUAUAUGCCGUAAAUCCCCAGUAUUGCCCUUCCUUGUCAUGUUGACUGUCCCAAGCUGGGAUCUCAGAAUAAGACCAAAAUGAGACCAUGGUGGAAAUACGAUACCUUUUAUUAGAAGACUUUUCACUGGGGGGGUGGAUGGGGAAGGGGAAGGAAUUGUAGCAGAAACAGAUGUAUUUUUCUUGUGAUUUUUAUUUUGAAUCAAAUAUUAUAAAUUGUGUAUAAAUGAAGACACUGGCUAGUUCUGUUUCCACUUGGUGUUUCAAGUCCGAUGAUCAGAUGUCUGUACAGGGUUUUGCUCUCUCCCAUGCAUACCUGCACCGUGAUCCUACAGUGUAACGUAGGGAAUCAUGUCCAGUGGACUCGUAUGUUGCUGUACGCUUUCAGCAGGUCCUGUCUCUGUAGAAUGAGCAUGUUGUUGAUUUUCAGGUAAUCCGAAAUAAGCCUGCUGACGAGCUCGGCACAGUUUUUUUCUGUGGUUACUGACCUUUCGUGUCUCUCCCAUCUUUUCUGUUUUCCCUUGGCUUCUUAUAGCCUAAAAGAUGACCCAAAAGGAAGCCUCGCUCCUCGCCAACACUAGAGUGUCACCCAAAAUAAAGAAAGGCCCCGCACUCACCACCCGCCUCAGGUCACCCUCUGUAGACCCUGGAGUCACUGAGGGGGCUUCUGUUUUGUUUGGUUUCUCCCCUCCGGUAACAAAGCCAGUUUGGUUGGAUUGCCCUUUUGAGAAGCGGGGGGGAGCACAGGGGACUCCCUUCUUGUCUUCCUCGGGUGGGUGCCCUUCGCCUCCAUCAAAAGGGGAAGCCCUCCGUUGACUGGAUUUGAACAAAUAAAAGGCGAAGUCCAUCUGCUUGUUUAUCUAGUAUUUUUGCUUCUUCCCCAUGUCUGCACUUUAGGAGGGAAGGCGUUUCACAGCAAUCACAAAAGCCUGCAUAGCCAUGCACUUUGGAGGGCAAGCUUUGACACCUCCCCCUCGCCCGGCCCCCUGGCAUGGUGAGAGCAGCCCUUUGAACAGCUUUGGGGAAAGGUCCCAGCCUUCCAGUCUUGUGAUUUGAAAUAGUUCCUGGGCCAGCUGAAAUGAGCUGAGCUAAGUCAAGGCCUCUCUUAAGAUAACAGUUGAUUUCCCAAAGGUCAAGAGGCACAGCCUACAUGCUGAGGAUUUGGGGUUUUGUUUUUUUAAAGAUGUCUUUGACACGCUUACUCUAAGUUGGUAAUGAUGACCAUGACCUUGGGGCUUGGCUUACUUACUUUAUCGUGAAUAAGAAAAAUUGCCACAGAGCAGGAUUGUAUUCUCUUUCCCGGACAUAGAAAGAAUGUAUAAACUAAUGAAGGAAAGGUUUAUUUUUAAAUGAGAAUAAUGUUUGAACACUGUGUUUUCAGAUUUUUUUUCAUAUGUACAUGUUAGAAAUAUAAUGAAAUAAUCUAGUUUCUCAAUUUAAUCGAAACCACGAAGACUAUAGUUUAGGAAUUAACUAAGUGUCGCUAAAUUGUUCUUUUCUUUUCAUUACCCAUAAUUACAUUGAGAUGUAUUAUCUAGUCAUUUGGCUCAAUAAAGCUUAAUGGAGACUGCUAAUGAAAAUGAACAGAUUAGAUGCCAAAGACUAGGUAGAAGCCCGAGGGAGCCACAGUCUCAUGAAUUGUCUGGGGUUUGCCCUUAAGGAAGAAAGAAGACUGUGAAGGGAAGAAAAACUGUUUUCCUCUUGAGAAAGGCCUGUGAGUGACCCGCUCCUAGGCCUGCCCUAGUGUUUAGCGUCUCCGUGAAUGCAGCAGCUUCAUUUGAGUGAGUGGAGAGCGCUGGUGAUGAUAGCCCUAUGCAGCCAGAGGCUGGGCCACAAGAGGGACCUUAGAGGCCGUCCUAUAGUCCUCCCACUUGUUUUAAGGAUGUCAGGUCUGCGCUGGAUGGAGGCAGGAUAUUGGAAGGAGACCGGGCCUGGACAGGCCUCCUGGGACCUCAUCCCAACCCUUGCCAGAGGCACUCACCUUUCAGGUCUGUUGCUAUUGUUGUUUUUCAUACCAUGAUAGGUUUGAACUCAAUGGUCUUUAAGAUUUUAGAAUUAAUAGAGUCCCAAGUGAAUACUGUUACUCUGUAGAAGGACUAUGAAGGAUUGAUACAAUCCUGAGGUUCUUCAGUUACCUUCUAUAGUCCUUGCUGUUACUGUAGCAAUAUAUACCUUUUAGACAAUUAUAGUGGACUUUUAAUAACCUCUGGGUUGCUCUUUCUUGGUUACUUGAAUGGAAGCUUAAAUGAUCACAGAACUUUGAACACAUAUUUUCUGUUUUUGAUCUUACGUGCACACACACACACAUACUCCUACAGAUUUCCAACAAAACGCUACCAGAUUUCUGUUCUUCCUACCUGUGUAAUUAGGGAUGUGCUAGUUUCCAAGGGGCACGUGCUGUGAGACAGGUUUCUGACUUGCUUUUAGUCCAACUGUGCUCAAAUAGUAACUGAGCCAGUUCGUCAUAAGUUGGGUUUCCCCCCUUUGCAGCAUCAUAUAACUCAGUCCUCAAAUUCAAGUCCCCAUGUUUUGAAAACACAGGCCUCUGAGGGAGAUGAGAUUUGAAUAGCCUGUUUUUAAAAUGUGAUUAUGAUUAGUAUAAUUGAAAAAUUUCUGGAGCAGACAUCUCAGAACCUUGAUGUCCAAUGACGUGUUUUCCCUUCAAAGGUACCUGGUUUUACUUGAGAAGCUAAUCCGUAAUGAGACUGCCAUCACUUACGUUAUUUUGAAACUCUCCUCUUUAUAAAUAACAUCAAGGGAUAUAAUAAAGUAUAAUACAGUCCAUUCUAUUACUAGAUCAUUUGUGUCACUUUCAGCAUCUGAAAGUGUGUUCCCCUUCUUAAUAUUUUCCACUACUCUUUGUUCUAACAUUUGGCUAUUUCCCAAGAGCAAAACCUCUACUCCUGUUAAGAUGAACACUGAUGACAGUUUUUUAAAAAAUAAACCAGAAAAUUCCCAAAGAGAACAUAUAAUGGAAAAUGAGAACGAUCAGUCAUAAUCUCUUCCGUCUUCAGAAGAGGAGAUCUCUUGCAGUCCCCAGUGUCUUGAGUGGUUGAGGAAAAUAAAGCAGGGCUGUGUGAGCCCUCCAAGGGAGCCGUCACUUUGGUCAGUGUCUUCUGAUUCCAGUCCUCGCACUUUCUGAAUGAGAGGUGUGGAACUUGAAUGGCUAAUAAUGGAUGAGAACCUGUUUAUCUGAAGAUGGAAUGCUAGUUUUGUUUCGCCUGUAAUGUUGUUUUGUUUUGCUUCUUAGUCACCUGGCAGGUUUUUUAUUUAAACCAACCAACCUUCCCCUAAGUCAGGAACAGCCCUGCCUGAGCAGUGACCUGGGAAGAAGGAGACCCUUGUGGCCAGCCCCAGCUCAGAGGCUUGCAGGGUGAAUGCCUGUUCUAGGUACUGUGGACCAAAAAGAAAGGCGCCCUCUCUCUCCAGGAGUCAUUAACCUUCUCAGUCUAAAAAAUGACCAGGGGCCCAGAGUUCCUUUUAUAGAGGCUAGGGAUGAAAGUAAAAGGAUUGCUGAAAGUACUGAAUCAGACAGAUUAGAAGCUGACUUGUAGAACAGGGAAAAAUAACCACGUGGAUGGCCAUGCUUCAGCCCACAGAGGUAGGCUAUCUGAAAGACUCCAGUUAUUGCAAAAUGAUCUCUUCUCUGUUCUAGAGGAACCAAAUUCUUUCUUCUCUUCCACACUAGAAUGCUCCUGAGUUGGGUAUGCUUGGGUUUCUUGUGUCGGAAUGAAUCCCAGGUGGCCUCCGUUUCAAAUCAUCUGUCACAAGAUGCGGUUUUGUUUUCCUGGGUUCCCUUCUCCUUGGGUAACACAAACCUAUGCAAACAAAGUUACCCACCGGCGGGGGCACUAGAAUGGAAGGCACGUUCUUGGUUCCCACUUUGAUGCCUUGUCCUGAACUUGUCUCUCUUCCUGUGAGUAUUCCGCCCUGCCCUGUUGCACCCCUUCCCCUUGUCCUAUGGAUGUGUAUUUAUUAGCAGCCUUUAUCCUGUCCUCCUCAAGAAGAAAAAGCAAACAGAUGUACACGGAGCUAUCUUAUGCAGUAAAUACAGAGACAAUGCCAACAUUGCUACGCAAGUAUUGUAUAGAGAAUAAGUUGUGUAAACAAAUUUCUUAUGUAAGCAUACAGGGGAAUAAAGUCUUUUAUCUGUUCACCAGAGAGCACGUUUAGAGAUGUCCAUAACUUCAACUACCCGAUGUUUUCUCGAGCUGAAAACACGCAGUAACAGAAGGGAUGGGCACGCGUUCUUGGGGGGCAGAGAAGCGCGGGCCCAUGGAGAAAGGCCCCCUGAGGACAAGCUCAGGGGCCACGGCUGCCCUUGACUUCACGGUGUAAUCCAGGAGAACCAACCCCCCGGGGACUCUUCGUUCAGAUGGCCAGAAACUGGGUUAUCACACGGGCCAACAGAUUGGCAGCUACCAACUUCUAAUUUAAUUUUUAAUGUUCCCAGGCCAAUUUAAUUAAACAUGUUAGGCUGGCAAGAACAGUUAUUUGCCCGGCGAGAAAUGAGUCUCACUUGUUCUGCCCGCUGGCUAGAGAGGCACCACCUCAACAGCGGCUGUUGGGUCUCAUCAGGUCCCUGGUGGUGCAGAGCCAGCAGCCGAGCAACACAGGGCAGGACCAACCAAGUCAUUUUCUGGCGUACAUCUCUCGGGUCCCUACUGGCUUCCAAAGGCUGCGUUUCAGCUGGUGCUGCAAUCCGGGGGGUCUUUGGCAGGGAAACAUCACUUUCCUUUCCCUCACUAGAGACUCACAAUACUCAGAAGUCUUUACUUUCCAGUUUGGUGGUCACUGUCACUUUGCUGUAAGGGCUGGGGAAAGGUGUUAGUGUAGCUGCGCACGGUGUACCACAUUAGGGACUAGCCAGCUCGAAACGGGAGUGCACAGCGAGCAUGCUGGUGGCCCUCGCUGUAUCCAAUUAGUUGGGCCGCCAGCUAAACACAGCACACAUAGGUAACGCUGUCUGUGCUCUGGCAGCGACUCGGGAGCCAGGAAGGAUGGUUACAUCUCGUACAUUUGGGGACUCCUUUCCUAGCACAUGAGCUGUUGCUAAAACAUGCGUCAUUUGGGGCUUCAACGUAGAUUAAAAUAGAGUUCUCCUUAACGGAAGUGUCACAGUGUCACAGUGUGCUCAGCCUGGCACUCAGUCCCACAACAGAGCCAGAAAAGAGGAGAAUUUUUUUUUUUAAAAAAAAGGUGUAUUUUGACUUCAGGCUUAAUUUAACAUGCCAAACUAAAAUAAAAGGAAACAUGGCCUAAUUAGAAGGAAUUAUCGCAAAAUGCCCGACCUUAGAGUUUGGGAUGAGUGCACUUCUGUACAGACUGCAAGCCCGGGUCCUGUGUCAGAGCCCUGGUGUGGCUCCAGGCUAUCUGCUCUGUCUGCCACUGGUCACCAAAGGAACCGGGCCAGGCCGGGAGGUUCCAUCAGUGCCAAGCAGUUGACGUCACUGCCAGUAGGCAGACUGCUUCUAACACCCCCUUCCUGGAGGAACAAGUGGCUCCUCCUCACGCAGGCUGCCCGUCCUGAAGCAGACUCUUGUCUGGGCACAAUGCAGCUUCUGCAAAAGACCUUCCGCUGCCAGCAAGCUCCAAUAAGUGGUUUUCUGUUUACGCUCACAGCCUCCCCUAUUUUCUACUAUUUCCUUAAAGGUCCCUGAGGGAAACAUGGGCAUCUGCCCUUUCUCUGUUCCCCAGAGUUCCAGGCUUGGGGACUUGCAAAGAGUGGUUGCUCUCUGCCUUGGUCACCCUCCACCUCCUCUGAAAACAAACGGGGAGCUUAAGAGACCAGCCUGCUUCAGCGCACUCUCUCAGUGUGCUUGCCCAGACCCGCGAAGCAGAGCCCUGCCACGGCAAGGGGAGGUAGAAAAUGGCUCGGGCCCUUGUUCUGAAGGUCAGGGACUGGUUUCCCCUUCAGCCUUCCUGUUAGGAGGCCUAUGUGACUGUGCCUAUGGUUUCUUUGGAAGCCGCUCUUUAGAUUUUCCUGUGAUUUCCCAUGAAGAUCGCAGGGUAUGCUCUGAGUUGGCAGGAACCCUGUUUUUAACAGAAGUCAUUUUGAUGGGUUAGACAUGCCCCUCCACCCUGCCCAGCGCUGCGUCUAGGCACCCCUGAGGAAUACUUCACACUUAUCACACCACCAGUAUCCAGAGUUUCCUAGUUGCCAUAGGUAGCCGCUUUGGGGGCAGUCUGUGCACACAAACUAUUUAUUGGACUGGAGGGGGUGGCAAGGGGAAAUUACAUUUAAAUUGUAAAAACUGAAUUCUAAUCAUCAAACUUGGCUGAUUUCUAUUUUAAAUUGAAAAACAAGACACUAAGCCCAAUCAAUUUAGUAUUCAUUUUGAUUCUUGCUUGACUAUAAUGCCAGUCAGUCAUUGGCAUGAUUAAAUCCCCCCCUCCCUUUUUUCCCCUCUUCCCUUACUAAGAGAUACUACUCUCCGCAGAACCAGCUGAAUAAUACCAGCCUCCAGGGUAGUUGUGGAAGAGGGUGGGAUUGUGCCCUAGUUUGGGCAACUGAAAGCUUCAUCCAGCUGAUGAUGCAUUGAGGAGGAACGCUUGUUCCCCUCUGUUGGUGAGUUUCGUUUUAGAGCUCUGUCCCCUUUCCUGGGGGUCUCCUCCCAGUCAUCAUCCGGGUGCCGCCAUGACAGAGCUGAACAAUACCAGCCGAGAAGUUGAGAUGGUUUCUUUGCACACAGUGUGCGAGGGAAGGGUCCCUCUUAGUACUUACCAGCCGCCCAGUGCUUCCCUGUCACCAUCUAGAUGCACAUGUAGAAGUUGGAAAGCAAGGAUAACUGUAUGCUCUUCGCAGUCGUAUUCUCCAAAUACUAUCCAGACAGCCGUUUGGCACCAGUGCAGAAUUUAACUCGAAGAGUCUUUACUGAAUACGUUCUGUUAGAGAAAUAAAGAGAACCCGGGGAGAGAAACUUUUUGGGAGGGAAGGAGGGCUUGAAAACAUUAAAGAUCAGAACUGUUUUAAAAGAAGCGCUGCUAAAAAGAGGAUUCAGAGAAACGUCAUAUUUUUGUACAGUAGUUUAUAAAAUGUUUAGAUCUCUCCUCUCUACGUUCUCUUUACAAUGUAAUGUAUCUGAUGAGUGACUGGUUUCCCAAUAAACUGAUUUUUGACGCCUCU